AUGGGUUCGUCAAUAUCCAGCUUGGUUGUAGAACUAGUCCUGCAUGAGCAGGAAAAGGUCGCCUUCCACCACUAUGAACCUGCAUUUUGGCGCCGGUACGUGAACGACACGUUCGUUAUAAUUGAAAGGAGCCGACUGGCCGACUUUCAAGACCUGCUUAACGGCAUAUUCCCGGACAUUCAGUUCACACGGGAAGAAGAGCAUGCCGAACAGCUGCCUUUCAUUGACGUUCUCGUCGCACGCACACCCAACGGCGAACCCAGCACCACGGUGCACAGAAAGGCGACGAACACGACUCAGAUUCUCAACUACCAUAGUAACCACCCAAUGGCGCAUAAACGCAGCUGUGUUAGGACACUCUUCCAAAGGGUAAAAACGCACUGCAGUGAGCCAGAGGGACGAGCACGAGAAUUUCGGCAUCUUCGGGACUAGCUAGCAAGGAAUGGAUACCCGAACAGUUUUGUCAGCCGCUGCCUCCGCACGCACCCACGGCGAACAAACGAAGGAGAGCCGCCAACACUCUGGCACCCUCUACCAUAUAUGAAGAAGGUGUCCGAAGCGAUGGAACGUAUCGCUGGAGAGCUCGGCGUGGGUAUCGCUCACCGUCCGACAGCGAGCAUGCGCAAAAAAAUCAUGCGAGUGAAGGACCGGCUAGACGUGGGAGAACAAUCGAGUGUCGUUUAUCAGAUCCCAUGUGGGGACUGCCCUCGCCAUUACACAGGACAGACCGGACGACGACUUAGCUCACAAAUGACGGAGUAUAAACGGGUAGUCCGGAGAGGCGACCCGUUGUCUACGGUCGUCGCUCACACCCUGGAUAAGGGCCACGAAUUCAACUUCGCGAGCACGCGCGGGCCAACAAUAAGACAGUGCGAGAACUGAUGGAGGCCUGGGUGUCUGACACCAAUUCUAUCAGCAGACACGUUGACAUCCCCCCCCCUGCUAUCAGGCGCUCCGUUCCCGCGGCCAAGAGGCGAGACCCAGUUCCCAGCCAAGGGUGCACGCAGUCACGCCGCCAUGAGACGGCAUGGGACUCGGCUUAUCGCGAAUACCACCCUCUGCACUCCUAUCCCCUUUCCCUUCAUGGCUUGACUACAAAGACUGCUUAUUUGAUGCCGCAUUCUCAAAGUCUGUGACGAUGGUCUUCCGUACGAGACCGAAAGCUCAGACUAAUACACCUUCUAUCCCAGAGAUCGUGUGUUCUUCUUCUUUACAAUAAAAACCUGGGAUUCGCAUAUUCGCUUCCAUCCAUGUUUGAAUCUAUCACGACGCGCAAGGAGUCGUGGCUUGGAAGAUUGCCAACUGGCAGGAUAGCUGAGUCCUCAAGCGACUGGGGAUUUGUGAGUCACACUGCAGUGGCCCCUCCCCCAUAGCAUGGCCCUUGCUGCAAUCUCACUGACGUUAAGUCCGAGUCGCCUCUACACGUGGUGGGGACUAGGCCGUGUGUGGGACGAGUAGACGGCCUGCAUAAUUCAAUCUCUCAGCGAGUCCAAGCCCGUUUUUGGUCUUCCUGACAUUGUCUUGCCUUCGAAGUAGGGCGGGUGGGGAAGGAGAAGGUGCAAUAGAUGCUGCGCAAGUCUGCGCUCCUGCACCCACUCCGCGGCAGAUACCGUCGUAUGCGGCGGCCGAAAUGUCCUGCGUAGCGUUCAUUCUCAGAGUACCACGCUUCUUGGUGGCAUAAGUGCCAUUUUUCAAGACGAUUUCCGAUCGAGGCUUUUGAGGGUAAGAACAAUUUGAAGUGGAUUGGUGUUGGUCUGAUCUGAAGGCCAACCAACUAUUGUACCUAGAGCAUGUCUCAAUGAGACGGCUUUUGCUGCCUUAUAAAGCGGUUCUCGUAUUCUAAUAGGAUAGGUUCUGUAACACCACGAGGUUUAGUAUAGAUUACUAACUACUAUGUUUGUUGUAGCAACCCUCGCAUAGUUAAUUAAUUCAUGGCUACAGGAAGCAACUCUUUGAGUUUUGUCUUGCACACUGAUAUGAACAAACGAACCGAGUCGUUCCAGUGUGAUCUUUUUAUUGAUAAAUUAUCUGGUGUUAGCCAGCCUUAGGCUUUCACUCGCCUUAUUUCGUUAUCCUUUUCUUUCCAAAGGGUGGCUGCGUUUUGGUUUACUUUGGCUUGGGUAGGACAUACACACUCGACUUCCUCGGUAUCUCCAAACCGUUUCUAUUGUCAAACACGUACGUCAUGGCCUACUUACUACUUCAAAUUUACUAGUGCGUAGUCUCUCUUAUAACCAGAAUAAGGUAGUUAAAUUCGGUUGAAAAUACGUGCAAAAAUUAACUUACCACUGGUUGUCAAAUUGAUUUCAUGAGUCAUUCAGGUUUCCUAUUCGGGAAGCUUUUCCAUCGGAUACGCUUGCGCAAUAUCUGACAGGACAAUUUCCCGCGCCUGAUUCAAACCUACGCUGACUGGGCCAAACCACAGACGAUAUUAAACUUUGUCUGCGUGACCCAAAUUAUUUGACCCGACAUCGGAGCUCCUAGAGAUUUCCUCCCUCGACAUUGGUCGCACCGGAAUAUUUAACUGUCCGUUUGCAGCCUAACACAUUGGCAUUUUGCUAAGCUAGGUAAUGCUGCCCUUUUCUGGCAGUAUUCUACCACCUUCUCCGAAUUUAUAGCCUCGAUCAUUUCCGUCGCUUUGAUCAGAAAAUCAAGCUGCGAUUGUCUGAAUUCUCUGCGACCUGGUACUUUGGUUCUGUUUCUUAGGAGGAAAUAAACAACCAUUAUUACCUCUUCGGUCCAUAAAUACAUUUCAUUGUUGUGCAUGACCUCUACGCAUUAUUAUUUGUUUCCCUAACAUUGUUAUUUUACGGUAACAGGGUGACUUAUUAUAAAGAUAUAACCAGACGUCCAGACUUAGGUUAUUUGGUUUUUUCCCUUAUUAAUUAGGUUAUGCUUCCACAGCUUCCCUAAUAUUCACGUGCAUCGCUCCACCUUGCAGUAAAUUUUCGAAAUUACUAAAUUUUAUACCCACUAUUCUCCCCUAUCGAAUAAUCGUGCCAUUGGUCCCUGGACUGUCGCAGAUUUACAGACGGCGGAUUAUUCAUUUACUUUUAUUUAUUGAGACUUGCCUUUUGUUCAUUUUUCAAAUGACUCGUUUGCUUCCGUUGCUAUACAUAGACGAAGAAGAAGAACUUCAGUAGAAUAAUAUGUUAUUGUAUGGAUUUCGCCCUACCUAUGAGGUGAUGCCUCAUCUGUAAAACCCGUAUUACCACCAUUUCCGUACUACGAGAGCUUGGAGUUACAAUGCGUGAUCGAUCUCAAGCAAUGUUGGCCGAAAUUCUGAAAUUCAUUUUCGAUUAGCAAGAAUUACUCAGACGGAGUUGUAAUACUGAUUAUCUUGUGGCAUGAUCCUACAGUAUUUUGGAUUCGCCGGAAUGUCGGCUUCAGAAUGCAUUUCUUUUCAUCCUCCUACAGAAACCACAGUCUGCAAAAAUUGACUAGUUAAGUAGCAUACAUUUUUCCAUUGACUUUCGAUGGUCUUGUAAAUUCAAAUAUAUUUUAUAGAAAACAUGUUCAAAAAUAUGCCUUCUUCUGCUCGUUUAGUAGAGAAUAAGGUUGUUUUUAUAUUGUAUACUUGAAGAAAGAGUAUAUUUAGGUUUCGAAAAAGUUUCUCAAUUCCCAAAUUAUUUUGAGCUUGGUUGGCCUUUGUACUAGCGUUUGGCGAUUUCAGUCUACAAGGUAUAUGCUUUCCAUAAAAUUAAAAUCAUAUAUUUCUCCACGUCUUUAAGAAGACACCAUAAAAAUUUCAUAAAAUUUUAUGCAGUCUGUAUUAUAGAUUUAAUGGGGAGCAUUGGUAAAAGUGAAUGUGCAAUGUUGCAUGUAUGAACAUCGCAUGGUCUUAAAAAUCCCAUAAAAUACGAAGACAAUGUGAUUUCCUGCUAAACAAGUAAAAUAAGGCAUAUUUUGUGCACGUUUUCUAUAAAAUAUAUUUGAAUUUGCAAAACCGUCGAAAAUCAAUGUGAAAAAUGCAUGCUACUUAACUAGUCAAUUUUUACCGAGUGCGGUUUUUACAGAAGGUCGGAAAGAAGGCAUUCAGAAGCCGACAUCCCGGCGAGUCCGAAAUAUUAUAGAAUCAUGUCACAAGAUAAUCAAUAUUACAACCCCACUUAAGUAAUCCUUCUUACUCGUAAACACAUUUCAGGAUUUCGGCCAACAUUUCAUGAGAUCGAUCACUCACUGUACUAGAUGCGGAGUGGGGUCACACAACCUACCGUCGCUCCAAUUCCUCAUUUGUCAGUGACUAAGUGCCUCGUGUUCCUUAGUGUGAAACAGUCGAUAGGACGAGUUUGUCGCCGUGAAAAAAUUUUAAAUUCGGUUUGGACAAGGGCGUCACUUAAUGGAGCUUUUCAGGACUAAGCGUGCCUUACGGGAGUCGCCUCUGCUGUGUCUGAUCCAAGAUUAGAAUAGACUAAUAUCCAUCUACUGAAGGCUGUUUUACGUUGGUAUUUUGUUCUGGGAUUGGCACCCGCACCUGAGACACUCAGUGCAUUAAGCAAUGACACCUCGGGCCUGGUGGUUUGGGGUUUCCGAUACUACUGGUGGCUGACAGCAUAUGCGGUCGCCCAAGUAAUCAUUUAAUCGCUGCUGGGUAAGUUUUUCUAACAGUCGUAAGAAUUUAACUAACCCCCCGAACUACCUACCGUGAGCAGCUUGGAAAAGAUUUCGCAAACUGAGUUAAUUAACCAGUGCCUCACAUGACAGGGAGAAAGUUAUUGCGCUGGGCACGUGAGUUUGUCCACAUGACGCAGCAUUUCCUCUGUCGUCUUAAAUGACAGUAUUCGGAGAAGACAUUUUCCCACGAACUGCCUAAUUGGAUUAAGUGAUGCAGGACAAAAUUUAUCGUUUUUACAACGACUGUGGUCCAAAAUUGCUUCAUACAGCUGACUUCCUACUUUCUGUUUAACUGAACGAUUGAUAAUUUACCUCUCCCGACAUGAGGCAUAUAUGAACUACGAUUUUAACUAGGUAUUUCAAUCACACGAGGACGAUCGUCUGCUUACCAGCCAGUAUCGCUUUGAAACUUUGUGUAGUACACCUGUUACACUCAAACGUCUGAGCCUAGUUUUAGCUGUCGAUAUCUUGCUCUUCUCUGCUUCGCUCUCUGACGAUGGAUUCGAAUGUGGGUCCGAAAAAACCGAAAUUUUUCAUCCAUCGGGUGUCCUUUUUAUAGACUUUUCAUAUUCGACCUGAAGAUCCGUUUCGGCGCAGCUUAGUUAGGCAGCUAGGUGUACUGUACAGAACCGCUCAGAUGAUGUGAAUCUACUUUUAAAGUCAGCAACCACAAAACAUGAAUAUUAAAUAAUCAGAAAACCGUACGCUUGUCCCACAGAAAUCGGACUGCUCAAAUUAAGUUUUAGAAGGUCACGCAAAGGAAUAUAUCUGGGUAAAUGGUAAAGAGAAAAUUUGGCGAUUUAAAAGCAAAAUGUCUUCUGGUUGAAUUGAUUAACUGGUUAUGUAUAUCAAAAUGUUACUAAGAAGAACAUAUCUUUCGGAAAAAACCACUAUACUCAAAACGUCAGAAGAGUGCCUGAGUCUUCGAUUAAGUGACGUGAACUUUUAGGUGUUUUAUAGCAGCAUUAAAGAUUUCGCUGUGACGCAAACCCACAUUACUUUGAAUUUAUUCCUUCGCCUUCCGUAAAACACAUUCUAGUAUCUUAAUAAAAUUAAAAUAAAGAGUGGGUAAGGUUUUCAGGGUGUCAUUCGGUUUCUCGACCUUAAUGUGGCCUUUAUGACACACACCUUGGGAUCCGAGCCAGUUGUACGGCACGCCUAGGUGUGACUUUGGCCGUGACAGUCACCCUUUUGCUGUUGGUCAAAACCCGGUCAUUUGCUGUGUGAAUCUGGGGGUGUGGAGUGGAUCGCCAAGGUGCGGGCUCGACCAUGCCAUCCACCUGCGCCCUCUCCCGCCUCCAGUCUUCUUGAGUAUGUUUUGACACCGGGUCUAGGUGGGGGGAGGAGAGAGUGUGGUAGAUAGUGCGCAAGCCUACAAUCACUAUAAACUACAUUUUUGCAUAAGUCGCCGUGCCUGCUAUCGCCUUUUUGUGGAGCACACGAUGGACAUCGUUGGAAACGGCCGUCGAACUGUCGGGUUUCUCGACCUAUUCAUAACAUGCUAGUAAUUUUGGCGUACUUUUACUAGGAUGAGAGCAACUCGAAACAGGCAGAGGUUAAAAGAGUGGCAGAUACUAAUCAGGCAUGUGUGUUUGGAUCCGGGUUGAGAGUUUUCGAGAGAAUCGGGUGAGAACAAGUUAGGUGAUCUGGAUGAAUACUGCGUCUCAUACGAGUGAGGCGUGAGGAAGGUUAAGAAACGUCCAAUCAGCACUGAAGAGACAGCCUUGAGUGCUCAGUUAUCCAACCAGUCUGGACAGUUGGAUCGAAACUUAAGAAACGUGGCUACACCCCUACUACGUUUUAGAUUGCGAAAAUUCCCAUGGAUGGAUUCAGAGGACCAUUUGGCGGGCAUAAGUGUGCUAUCGAUUAAUUCUUCUCGAGCCAGCACAUCUCUAGGGGAGCGGGGCACAAACAAAACUUGUGAGUGAGUAGAAAAAUCGAUUAAAGUUGAUCUUUUCAUAAAAGUGGGAUGAGGGUUAGGGUGUACCGUGCGACCAUCAUGACCGGUCUAGCGUCAUUUUUCAAGACCUCGCUGCCUCAAGGUCAUUCAACCUUUUGCAGUGAGCCGCUCCGGAAGCGCUGACCUGAAGUCACUCGACCGACUUCAGCUCUAACACAAUUGCGUCCUCACAGUGUUGCGGCUACCCAUGCGUCACUUGAACGCGCCACCCCCUGCAACCAGCAAAACAAGCCACUGGGACACCACCCCUCGGUAAAUGCAUCACACACUGACUGGAUAACACUUGGGCAUGGCCCACGAGCCUACAAAAACCGCUGCCACAACUAUCACAGGGACUCUCAGGCAUGACUGGACGCAGUCAACAACAGCCCCGGCUUCGCCAAUGGCCCCUGCCGCCUGCUAGGACAAGUCCGGUUUCUGUGCACAAUAAAACCCUCGAAAUGGUAACUUCCGUCUUCUCCCUACAACUUGGGAUCUGACUCGACGAUGGUAGCUCACAUUCUGCACAAACUCACACCACCUGGUCACAACAAGGGGAAUAGAGGGAUGACGUGGAGAGGUGCAUGCAAUUAACCAACCUUUGGCCAAGGCAGGCGAGGAGUUUGCACAAGGUUCUUCUGCAUGAACAGGAACAGCCUUCGUAUCCUAAUGACAGUCGCCUCUGCUGUUGCUAGCCGCCACUGACCCAGAUGCUUGGGCUAAUUCAGUGGGACCUUGCAAAUCUCAUGGGAGGUUUCGUUGGGGCCCAUGCGAUGUCCGGAAACAACAAUACGCGCGAGAAAAAUGCUGUUUAUACUCUUACUUUCAUUUUUCUCCACUGCAUAAGCAUUCUUUGAAAUUGCCGCCUGCUCGCUUGACUAAUGUAACUUGAUCCACGGGAGCAAGUAAAAGCGUAAAUGCACAUAUAGGUAGCCUAUGUUAGCAACCCAUCCCCACUUUCUUCAAGUAAAACAGGGUUAGUCGAAAAUAAUGCCCCAACUCUUGCUGCUGGAAAGAUCCGUGAAAUAACCCAGUCAAGGCGUUUUCUCAGGACUUCACUCGCUGCGUCCCCUUGAAAUAGGCACCUUUUGAAACGUAGUUUUCUUUUCCGCCGUCUGUGUGAUGGGUUUUUGCGGACCUCUCUCGAAAUAUUCUUGUUCUCGCCAAGCAGGCGUUGGAUAUUUCUAAGUUCCAUGCCCAUGGUGUCUGUAGAACAAACGUCUCCAGUCCUUUGCGCCAAACAACGGACUAGAUUGUGUUUCUGUUAAAGGGGUAAGAAGCUGUAGAAGUCCAUAUAUUUGUGCUGGAGUAUUUGACUACUUGACUUUUGACAAUCUGGUCACGUUUGUUUUACUGUAGCAUUUGUUUUAACGUGACGCAGACUCCGCCGAUCGUAAGCUUCGCGCCGCUUGCAUGCUCUCUGGUCAGGUCGUUGCACAUUUUCAAUAUUAACUUUAUUCACUUACUGGCCAUCCUUACCUCUCUCCGUUUAUGAGGUUAGUAAGCCGUAGUUCGUUAGUUCGCGGGAACGACAUAACUUACGUCAUUGGUGACUCAUGACGUUAGCGCAGACUUAAGUUCUUUCCUUCCGUAACAUCUAAUGACAUUUAACGUCCUGUAUUUAUUUGCUAAAUUUUAGUUCAUUUACAUUUCUCGCUAACCUUUUCACGAUAUUGUGCUACCUAUAUUUUGCUUAUUUUGUCUUCCUCAACUCAACAACCUGACGUUCCCGUCUCCUCGACCACACAACUGGUCUUUCUGUCUGCGGUCUUACACCCUUUAAUGACUCCUGCAAGUUAUCUGUUCUGGACGCAGGUAUUGCUUGCCCAUACCGAGACCUGCUCCUCCAACUCCCCAACAUAAUCAAACCCCAGUUUCGCAGUGGUGAGAUCCAGCAUGACGUUGUUCACCACAUUCGCCCCUCUGGCCCCCCAGUAUUCGCACGGCCUAGACGACUGGCUCUGCCCCGUCUGCAAGCGGCGAAGGCCGAAUUUGAGCACAUGCUGCAACUGGGCAUAAUUCGGCCGUCCGAGAGUACAUGGGCGUCCCCUCUGCAUAUGGUGCCCAAGGCGUCAUCGGACGACUGGCGGCCCUGUGGUGACUAUCGCGCCCUCAACAAUGCGACCAUCCCGGAUCGUUAUCCGGAGCUGGAGCUCUUUUCGGAAAAUCGGUUUUCUCGAAGAUUGACCUUGUUUGGGCCUUCCAUCAGAUUCCUGUCGCUCCUGAGGAUGUUCCCAAAACUGCCGUCACCACACCCUUGGGCCUGUUCGAAUUUAUUCACUUGCCAUUUGGUCUUCGCAAUGCUGCCCAAACAUUUUAGAGGUUCAUUGACCGAGUCCUACGUGAUCUCCCGUUUGUGUACGCCUACAUCAAUGACCUCUUGCUGGCCAGUCGAAAUGCCGAGGAACACAAAGAGCAUCUUGCCUUAGUGUUUCACCGCCUCGAUCAGUUUGGCGUGGUCCUUAACCCUUCGAAGUGUGUUCUGGGUGUGCCUUCCCUUGAUUUUCUUGGUCACCGUGUCGAUGCACAAGGUUUGCGUCCCCUCUCUUCCGAGGUUGAGGCCAUUCGUGACUUUCCUCCACCAACCUCUAAGCGUCAGCUGCAACGUUUCCUUGGCAUGGUAAACUUUUAUCGCCGGUUCCUACCGAACUGUGCCGACCUUAUGCUGCCACUCACCAACUUGCUCUCUGGUCCCAAGGGUCCCCUUGAGUUACGUGGCCACGCGCUGACUGCAUUUGAGAGAAUAAAGACCUCCCUUGCUGAUGCUACCCUGCUCACUCAUCCUGCUCCAGAAACUCCAUCGUCCCUGAUGGUUGAUGCUUCGACCGUUGCCGUAGGAGCAGUCCUCCAACAGCAAAUCAACGACUUGACACGACCGUUGGCACUUUUCUCCAAGAAGCUUUCACCUGCCAAGACGAGAUAUAGCACGUUUGGCCGUGAAUUUCUUGCCAUUUACCUAGCCGUAAAACAUUUCCGACACUUCCUUGAGGGUCGUGACUUCACAAUUUUGACAGCCCACAAACCACUUACAUUUGCCAUCCGAUCCGAUUCUGACAAAUAUAACCCGAGAGAGAUUUCUCAUUAG